UUCCAAAAGCUUGAUGAUAAAUUGCUAUUCCUGAAUUUAACAUUAAAAAAGCUCUAUAACCGUGUUGGAGAACUACGAAUGGAGACUCUUGAGCAAAAGGAAAGGCACAGGAAGGAUAAGGAACAUCACAAGCGAAUGUCGUCUGACUGCCGGCAAAUGGCGCUUGAUGCUGAAUCUCUAAAAAUCGAGAUAGGGGAAGCAAUGCUACAGAAAUUUGGGCGGAAACUGAACUUAAAGCAUUUAGCGGAAGCAAUUCUUAAGAAGCAUAUUUCGGAGAUGCGAUCCUCUGUGAACAAAUUAAGGCAAGAGUACGACAGAAAAGUUUUUAAAAUGCAGACUGAAGUGCAAGAGAGACUGGAAGCUCUGUCUCGAAUUAUUCAACAGAAUACUGAAAAGAAAAAUCUACUGAUCGUGUUGGAAGCAGAGAAAACUAAACUAUGGAAACUCUUAAAUAAACAAAAGACGAAGCAGGGCGGAUUAACUGCGGCGAAGUUAACAAAAUAUUCAAAAGACUGUGACGCAUUAAACGAUGUGUUAAGAACUCAAGAAUUGGAAAUGGAGGCUCUGCGGAAAGAAAUGAGAAUGUUGUCUUUCAAAUCUGAGCCGCUGCCGCCCAUUUCACCUUCGCCUAUUACCGCAAGUCCUGUUCAGAUAGUUGCUGACAUUACUCAAAAACCAAAUAGUAAUUUAAAUGAUGAAGUCAAUCAGUGA